AUGAAGUGGCUAGCCAACUGUUUAAAUAGCUUGUAUUCUUCAUCCUGUACCAGCGAGCUAGCAACCAACAAUAUAUUACCACCGAUUGACAUUAAAGAGCUAUCACCUGUUGUAGCAGUGGACUGUAAAGGGUGUAUGAAACCAUGCGCACAACAUCCACUUGUGCCAAGUCACUUAAAUAUAGAUCAAUCCAAACCGUUGCAUAACACGGUUCCACCUUACGCUAUCCAUAUUAUUCUGAUGACAGGUAAAACAGACUGGCCGUCUCGUAUUGAGGAAGAGGGAUUGGCACGAGCGUUUAUUCAAUGCAUUCAAAAGCGUAAGAAUCUAGACAAACGACCAUUUGAAAACCGAUACCACCCCGCCUAUUUUGGUAACACCACGGAUGAAAACGAAAACCAACGUGUGAUCGUGACCAAUUCAUCUUUGCCUUCCAUGUAUUCCACUACGGGAAUGGAUAUUAUUCUUUUACCGGACAAUAUCAUCAUUGCCAAUAUCACAUUAAAAAGAGUUGAUGCGCUCUUGGAUUAUAUUUUUGGUAAACCUUGUUACCAAGCUUUUUCGAUCUACCCUUGCCCCUUUUCAAGCUUGAUCUUGGUUUGUGGUCAUGGCACCAAAGAUCGUCGAUGUGGCACUGUGGGUCCAAUGCUACAAAAGGCCCUACAACAGGCUUCUUUACAAGCAACAAAGGAAGAAGGUACGACAAAAGUAGCCUUAGUCAGUCAUUUGGGAGGACAUGCCUUUGCAGGUAAUCUUGUUGUAUAUACCUAUAACGGACACCGUGCUAUUUGGUACGGUAGAGUAACACCAUGCUAUUGCAAAGAUAUCAUUGAAAAUACUUUGGACGAUGAUAAAGUUAUUGAGGACCUUGUUCGAGGCAUAUUCGAAGUGAAAUCUAAACCCAAUUUAGCAUGCCAAGCCAAACUAGAAUGGUGA